AACCAUUUUUUUCCCAUGCAGGGGAAAAAAGGGCUAUGGCUCAAAUUACAUACAGAGCAGACUGAACUUGUUCUUGUGGCUAUUAAUGUGAGAUAUUAACUGAUGUUUUGAUUUCAUGGGUAUUAUUAGAUAUUUUAGAGUUGUAAUUUUCAGGAGGGGGUUCAACUAUCAUCAUGCUGAAGCAGGGUAUGCCAUGCUCACUUUCUGGAUUCCUGAUCUGUCCUCCAUGCUUUCUUCUGACUCCUCGCAUCAUUUUGGCGCUGCAGCAUUCCUCAUCAAUGACAACAAGGAGGUACGGGUUCCCCCAACUUUGCCAAAUUCUGUUCUAUUAUCAGUCAGUAAGAGCAAAAGAAGGAACAAAACGGAAUUUGAUUUGCUUUAUAAGACUGUUGGUGUCUGUUCUUCUUCUUCGUCUUCUUCUUCUUCACGUUUCAGGCAUUGCCACCUUGUGGCCUUUUGAGGACUCGAAUUUGCUAUUGAUUUACAAGGAAAGUCAAGCUAAACUGCAAAGGUAUAAUAUUAAAGCCCCACUUUCAGUAUUUUCUCUAAUAUUUUCU